CCAGGGUGGACCUGUGUGAGGUGAUUCAGCCGCUCAGCAUCACUGUUUACCGGAGACACGGACCGCAGGAGCGGCACCGGAGACCUGCCCCUGGAACCGGAGAGCCGUACCGGAGAACUCGACGUCUUGUGGCCGGCGGACGAGCGGCAUUGUUGGGCGUGCUGUCGCUGAAUCUCCCGGUGUUGCGGUGUUUUGUUGUGCGGGAUGGACGCGGUGGAGGGCGGAGUGUGCGGGGUGAAGGUGAUGUGCCGCUUCAGGCCGCUGAACGACGCCGAGCGGAGCCGCGGAGACAAAGAAGUCCCGAAAUUUAACGGAGAGGACACGGUGGUGGUGGCGGGGAAGCCGUAUGUGUUUGACAGAGUUCUUCCUCCGAACACGGAGCAGGUUCAGGUGUACGACGCCUGCGCCAAGCAGAUCGUCAGAGAUGUGCUGGGCGGCUACAACGGCACCAUCUUUGCUUACGGUCAGACGUCGUCAGGAAAGACUCACACCAUGGAGGGGAAGCUGCACGACCCCCGGGUGAUGGGAAUCAUCCCUCGCAUCGCCAGCGACAUCUUUGACCACAUCUACUCCAUGGACGAGAACCUGGAGUUCCACAUCAAGGUGUCCUACUUUGAGAUCUACCUGGAUAAGAUCAGAGACCUGCUGGACGUGUCAAAGACCAACCUGGCGGUUCACGAGGACAAGAACCGGGUUCCCUUCGUCAAGGGUUGUACGGAGCGUUUUGUCUCCAGUCCAGAGGAAGUGAUGGACGUCAUCGAUGAGGGGAAAGCAAACCGACACGUAGCUGUAACCAAUAUGAACGAACACAGCUCUCGCAGUCACAGCAUCUUCCUGAUCAACAUCAAGCAGGAGAACGUGGAGACGGAGCUGAAGCUGUCGGGGAAACUUUACCUGGUUGACCUGGCAGGUAGCGAGAAGGUCAGUAAAACAGGAGCAGAAGGUUCCGUGUUGGAUGAAGCCAAGAACAUCAACAAGUCUCUGUCGGCUCUGGGGAACGUCAUCGCUGCUCUGAGCGAAGGAACGAAAACCCACGUCCCGUACAGAGACAGUAAGAUGACCAGAAUCCUGCAGGACUCUCUGGGAGGAAACUGUCGAACCACCAUCAUCAUCUGCUGCUCGCCGUCCGUUUACAACGAGGCCGAGACCAAGUCUACACUCAUGUUUGGACAGAGAGCUAAAACCAUAAAGAACACCGUGUCUGUGAACCUGGAGCUGACCGCUGAGGAGUGGAAGAAGAAGUACGAGAAGGAGAAAGAGAAGAACAGGAGUCUGAACAUCAUGAUCCAGAAGCUGGAGAAUGAGCUGAAACGCUGGAGGAAAGGUGAGUCUGUACCUGUGGAGGAACAACUGAGCAGAAACAAGAAGAGUGGCGCCGAGGCGACAGCAGUGAUUGACAGCUUGGCCCCGCCCCCUGUCCCUCUGUCCAAUGAGGAGAAGACGCAGUACGAGACGCUCAUCACCGACCUGUACCAGCAGCUGGACGACAAGGACGAUGAGAUCAACCAUCACAGCCAGACGUCAGAGAAGCUGAAACAGCAGCUGGUGGAGCAGGACGAGCUGCUGGCGUCCAGCCGGCAGGACUACGAGCGGCUGCAGGACGAAGUGUCCCGCCUGCAGAGGGACAGCGACUCGGCCAAAGAGGAGGUGAAGGAGGUGCUGCAGGCGCUGGAGGAACUCGCCGUCAACUACGACCACAAGAGCCAGGAGGUGGAGAACAAGAACCGGUGCAACGAGCAGCUGAACGAAGAGCUCGCCCACAAAACGGUGAAUCUGGAGGCGGCCCAGAGGGAGCUUUUAUCUCUGCAGGACGUCAGCUCUCAUCAUAGGAAGCGUUCGGCAGAAAUCCUUGGUCUGCUGCUCAGAGACCUCAGUGAAAUCGGCAGCGUCCUCGGAACCACCGAGCUCAAAGCGAUGACGGAGGUGAGCGGCGUGAUGGAGGAUGAGUUCACCACGGCUCGCCUCUACAUCAGCAAGAUGAAAUCUGAGGUGAAGUCUCUGGUGAACCGAAGCAAACAGCUGGAGCUGAGCCUGAUGGAGAACAGCUGCCGGACCGAGGCCACCGAGAAGGAGCUGAGCACCUGCCAGCUGCUGGUGUCGCAGCUGCAGGCGAAGCUGGCGUCUCUGAGCAGCGACCUGCAGAAGAUGGAGCAGAAGAAGAGGCAGCUGGAGGAGAGUCAGGACGCCCUGAUGGAGGAGGUCGCCAAACUCACCGCCCAAGGUCAAAUGCACGAGGUGAACGUGAUGGACAAAGAGAAGGAACACAUGAGCCGACUGAAGGACGCCGUGGACAUGAAGAGGACGUUGGAGGAACAGAUGGAGAACCACAGGGAAGUCCACCAGAAACAGCUGAGUCGACUCCGAGACGAGAUUGAGCUGAAACAGAGACACGUGGACCAGCUCAAAGAUGUGAACCAGGCUCUGCAGCUGGAGAACAGGAAGCUGCAGUCCGACUUGGACAAACUGAGAACCGAGGAUCAGAACAAAGAGCAGAAGCUCCAGAAGCUGCAGUUCCUGAACGAGAAGCGAGAACAAGCCAAAGAGGACCUGAAGGGUUUGGAGGAGACUGUGGCCAAAGAGCUUCAGACGCUCAACAACCUCCGGAAACUCUUCAUCGAGGACCUCGGAACCAGAGUCAAGAACAGUUUAGAGAACGACGACGACGACGCCGGCGGCAGUUUGGCUCAGAGACAGAGGAUCAUCUUCUUAGAAAACAACCUGGAGCAGCUCAGCAAAGUCCACAAACAGCUGGUUCGUGACAACGCAGAUCUCCGCUGUGAGCUUCCAAAGCUGGAGAAGCGUCUCCGGGCAACGGCUGAGCGGGUAAAAGUUCUGGAAACCGCCCUGAGGAACGCCAAAGAGUCGGCCAUCAGGGACCGCAAGCGCUACCAGCAGGAGGUCGACCGCAUCAAGGAGGCCGUCCGCUCCAAGAACGUCUCCCGGAGAAGUCAUUCGGCUCAGAUCGCUAAACCGAUCAGAGCCGGACAUCAGCACCAUCAGUAUCCGUCCUCAUCGCCAUCCGUCAGGCCGACCAUCAGAGGGGGCGGGGCAACGUCCAGUCCGCAUCACCACUACGCCCGGCAACAUCAGGCUCAGCAGCAACAUCAUCAUCAGAGCCACAGCAAGUAGGGCUCCAGGUUGCUGACGCCUCCAGAUCAGUUUGUGUUUCUGUGGAUCUUUGAUUCUAAACUCUCCUGUUUUCACCGUUCUGCCUUUACUGGAACCAAACUCCUCGAUUCUCCAACCUGAACAACCAACAAGUGCUUUGUGUUCUGAGUUCUGCUGCUCGAGUCUGUCGGAAAGAUUCACUGCAUCCAGGUUUCUUUCAGUUUCAGUUUAGCUCGGAUAGUACAACGUCAACGUUUCAUUACUCUGCCUUUAGUCAACAGUGAGGGAGAUUCUGAUUUAAACUUAUCACAGGUGAAAGGCACCGGGUCGGUCCUCUGGCUGAGUGUUGCUUUGUUGGAGUUCUCCCUGGAGAACCAGAGGGUUGCCUCUUUGUGAUUGUGUGUCUUGAAGGGGAAAACUCGGCCUUCUUGGAGUCUCUGGGUGGUUCCUGGAAGGGGUUCCAGCAGGGACUCCAUAGUUCUCCUGGAGGACUUCAACAGUCACCUUAAAAUAAUGAAGGAACCUGGAGGAGGUGAUUGGGAGGAACGGUCUACCAGAACUGAACCCGAGUGGUGUUCUGUUAUUGGACUUUUGUACUAGUCAUGGCUUGGUCAUAAUGAAUACCAUGUUCCAGCACAAGGUGGCUCAUAAGUGUAGUUGGUACCAGAACACCUUAGAACAAAGGUCGAUCAUCAACUUUGUAGUUGAAUGUCUUGGACAUUUGAGUGAACAGAGGAGCAGAGCUGUCAACUGAUCUCCACCUGGUGGUGAGUUAGAUCCAGUCUGGUAAACCCAAAUGAGUAGUGAGGAUAAACUGGGUUCUUCUGGUGGAGGCCCCUGUCCAUAGGGUCUUUAACUCCCACCUCUGGAAGAGCUUCUCCUGCAUCCCAGUGGUUGGUGGGGACAUGGAAUGUGAAGCAGUCAUGCUCAAAGCCUCUAUUGUGGAAACAACCGUUAGCAGCUGUGGCCAGAAGGUCACUGGUGCCUGUCAUGGUGGCAACUUCAGUCCAUAUCUGCAGUAGUGGUCACCAAGGUAGUCAAGAAACUCUUCAGUGAAAAGGCACCAGGUGUGGCAAGAUUCCCCCCGAGAUGCUGUGGACAUUGUUGGACUGUCGUGGCUGACAGGUCUCUAAAGUGUCACGUGGGCAUCGGGUGCUUGUGAAGUGCUAGACCAUAGUGAUGGUUCCCUUUUUUAAAGGAGGGACCUGAGGGUGUUCUCAUACUAUCAGAGUAUUCCAUAUCCCAGAGUAUCUUCAGCCUCCCAGGCAAAGUUUACUCCAGGAUGCUGGAAGGGAGGCUUCCACCGGUUGUGGAAUGGUGGACCAGUGGACCAGGUCUUCACCCUUGCAGAGCUGCUAAAGGGGUCAUGGGAGUUCAACCAGCCAGUCCAAAUGUGUUUUGUGGAUUUGGAAAAGGCCUACUACCAUGUCCCCUGAGGGGCUCUGUGGGAGGUACUGAGGUAUUAUGGGGACGUUGUCAUUGUACAAAGAAAGUGUGAGCUGCAUUCGCAUUCUUUGCCAAAAGUCAAACAUGUUUCCAGUUGGUGUUGGACUUUCAACCCUCAUCUGUGGUCACGAGCUCUGGGUAGUAGCUGGAAGAAAACCCCAGGGUCGAUCCAGAACCUACUGGAGGGAUUUUAUAUCUCAUCUGGCCUGUGAUAUCACCACAGGAUCCCCUAGGAGGAAAUGGAAAGGAUAGCUAGCUGCCUUUGCAACUCAAUUCAAAAUAAGUGGACAAAAAUGGAUCAAUGGAUGGUUAGAAAUCUUGUUUUUGACUAAAUCUGUCCCAGGUUGCAUUUAUAAAUCAUUAUGUUGCCUCAAAUUCAAAUUCAAAUUAGACUAAAGUCUUUUUCAGUCAGACUCAGCACAGCAACAAACACGCCAUCGAAUAGUUCAUCUCUAUCUGCCUUUCAAUCUACAUUAUGAGGAAUGUUUACACCUUUUAUUCAGGCUUUAGUUUACAGACAGAAGUCAAAUGUAUCUUUUCCACUGAGAGUUUGGAAAAAUUUCACAACAAAAACACAAAAAAUCAGAGCUCAUAAAAAUGUUCAACACAAUCUUCCGUCCAACGUUUGGAAUUAUCUGAGAUUUUAGGAAGCAUUUACGUAUUUUUACAAAAAUAUAUUAAAAUUAAAGACACAUUUGUACCUUUACUCUGAAUGUCACAUUAUAGACUAAGUACAGGUGUCAUUUUCCCAGAAAUGUCUGGAAUUUUAAGGACAGAAUUUUUCAGAGCACAAUUUAAAGUCAAAGAUCUCCCGCAGCUAAUUUGAAAUAUUGCUAAUAGAUUUUACAAACUUUUCCUAUAAAACAAGUAUUUUUUUUCUCACAUUAUCAAAACUUUUCUCUUGUUAAAAAUUCAUUUUCUGGCCUUUGUUUCACAGGACGGUGUAGAAAUACACCAGAUUAUUGUGUUCUGUAUUUAGCAACAAACGUUUACCUCUAAAUAUACUUUUCUUAAAUUGUCACAACUUUAAUAAUUAACCAUCUUUACAAUAAUUUUCUAAGGUUUCUUGUACAACUUUCUAACUUUCGCUCACGUUCAGUUUGUAAGCCAUAACAGGGAUUUUAAUCAGCAUAAAGAAAGUUUUUUUUAUUCUUCGAACUCGCUCUGAAUGUUUUAUCCCACCGAAGUCUUUUUUAAUGUUUAUUACUGAGCUGUUUUUACCGUGUUGUGUUCAGGGGUGUUUCUUACGUGUCCUUGCAGUGAAAACCGCAAUGCACCCGAACGCAUCGCAAGUGUUUUUGUGUGUCUGUCGGCUUCCUGUGUUACAGUGUAGUGCAGUGUCCUGAGGUGAAAUAACGCUGCUGGACCUUCUCAAAUGUAUUAUUAUUAUUGAGUUGUUAUUAUUAUUAACACAAUGCCGAUCAGCCAAUCAGAGCGUCGUGUUGCCUUCAGUGUUAGUCGGGAUAUUUGCAGCACAGAGUUGUGUUUAAGUGUUUAUUCAUGUAUCGAUGGAACUUGCUGUCGACGACCAAACUGAUUCCCAUCCUGAUUAAAGUGUUCGUGCUUCGGUUCGCUGGUGAAUCAAAUGAAAAACCUUCUGUGGAGUUUUACAAACGUGGAUCAUCAGGGUGGGUUUUGUGUCCAUGAAGAGAUUCAUAAAGAUGUGAAGAAGAAGAAGAAGAAGAAAGUGAUUUAUGGUGAUCUGCCAUCGUUCUGUAAUAAACUUCAACUAAAACUUC